AUGUCUGCAAAUAAGCUCAGCAUAAACUCGACCCUCCCUGUCCCCGGAUCGAAGUACCAAAUACCCCAAAUCGGUUUCGGCGUCUACCUCUCCCCACCCGAGAAAUGCGUCAAUUCGUGUACCAAGGCGCUCGAAGCUGGAUACCGCCAUAUCGAUACAGCGCAAUACUACGCCAAUGAAUCUGACGUCGGCAAUGCAAUCAAGCAGGGCAAAGUCCCGCGCGAGGAAGUCUACAUUACGACCAAGAUCCUCAGCGCCGGCAACGACGCCGACUCGACAUACAAGAAGGUCGCUGAGAGCGUAGAGAAGCUCGCAGGCAAGGGGGGCUAUGUGGAUCUGUUCUUGAUCCAUACCCCCAAUGGCGGACCAGAGGCACGGAAGCUCAUGUGGCAAGCGCUGGAGAAAGCGAAGAACGAGGGGAUAGUGCGCGACAUUGGCGUUAGCAAUUACGGCAUCCAGCAUAUUGAAGAGAUCAAGUCGAUUGGCAAGGUUUUCCCUCCGGCUAUCAACCAGAUCGAGCUCCACCCCUGGUGCCAACAGCGCGAAUGCGUCGAGUACUGCCAGGAAAACAACAUCGUCGUUGAAGCUUACUGCCCGCUCGUUCGCAACGAAAAAGCAGACGACAAGACUCUCGCUAGCAUAGCGAAGAAGCACAAUGUCGGGCCCAAUCAAGUCCUCGUCCGCUGGAGUCUGCAGAAAGGCUUCGUGCCGUUGCCCAAGAGCGAUACGCCCUCUCGCAUUGUCAGCAACGCGGACGUGUAUAGCUUCGAGCUUGAUGAGGAGGACAUGAAGAAGCUGGAUGCGCUGGAUCAGGGCAGGGCUGGCGCUAUUGUGCAGGCCGUUGACAACUAG